UAUUGCUGUGGUAUUUUCAUUUUUUUUUAUCGCAUAGUGGUGCGUUCUUCAUCAUCAUCAUAACAUCUCGGAGGCGAAACAACGCAACUGGCAAUCCCGACAUGUACGGCGGCGGCGGCUCCUCCAAGAUCGGCCGCGGCGCCCCCAACCGCCGCUCAUUCCCUCCUCCUCCGGCGCCUCACCGUUCAUCCGCUCCUGGACGGCGCCCCUCCCUUGGCGCAUCCUCCCGCAACGCCGCGAAGGAGACGGCGUCGACGGCAGCGGUGGAGGAGACUUUCAGCCUGACAUCCGGCAGCAACCCGCUUGCAUUUUCGAUGAUCAUACGGCUUGCACCCGACCUCGUGGAGGAGAUCAGGCGCGUGGAGUCACAGGGCGGCACUGCGCGUAUGAAGUUCGGCCCCAAUCCUCACAAUACAGGCGGAAACAUUAUAGAUGUUGGUGGGAAGGAGUACAGGUUUACGUGGUCAAGGGAAUUGGGUGACCUCUGUGAUAUUUACGAAGAGCGUAAGAGUGGUGAAGAAGGUAAUGGUUUGCUUGUUGAAUCUGGAUGUGCCUGGCGCAAACUGAACGUGCAGCGUAUCUUGGAUGAGUCGACCAAGAAUCAUGUCAAAAGACGGUCAGAGGAAGCUGAACGCAAAAUGAAGUCUCGCAAAGCCAUUGUCUUAGAGCCAGGGAACCCGCCUAUGAAAAGUCAGUUAAAGGCAUUAGCAGCUGUUGAGGCUACAUCAUGGAAGAGUUACAAUAAGAAGAAAGAGGCUGCUGCACUUAAGAAAAGAAAAGUGGAAACCCUUCAAGUUGGUGGACCCCCAAAAUCUUCCCAUAGAUCUGGAUUGACUUCUACUAAUACCAAUACCAAGGGCAGAAAUUCCUCUCCUCUUCCAUCUCCACCAGAUCCUUUUGCUGUUCCUUCCUCCCCACCGGUAGUUGCAAAUAUGUCUAAGAGCUUUGAGGAUGCUAUGCCUGUACAAAUGACAGGUAAACAAGAUACUAAUGUUCUCUCUGAGAAAGAAAUCUCUACCAGGACAAACAAUGCUGUGAGGAACACACCAGGAGGCAAGGGGCCUAAUGGGUCUAAACCAGCAGAUUUGCAGGGCAUGCUAAUUUCUCUUCUAAAGGAUAAACCUAGUGGAAUGACUUUGAAGGCUUUGGAGAAAGCUGUUGGAGACACACUUCCGAAUUCCAUAAAGAAAAUUGAGCCAAUAAUAAAAAAGAUUGCAAAAUAUCAAGCUCCAGGAAGGUAUAUAUUGAAACCGGAAGUGGAUUUGGAAAGCUUAAAUAAGCCUCAGAUCGAAAGUGGAAGUUCUCCUGAUGAUAGUCACAGCCAGAUGCCUACUCGUGAAGAGUUUCAUGAUCAGACAUCAGCCCCACAGGGAGGAUCUGAAGAAAAAGUUCCAAAUGUUGAUAUGGAGGAAACGGUUAAUGUAAAAUCCAAAGUGGAAGAAGAUACAAACAGUUUGGAAAAAAUUGAUGCCCAACAUACUUCACCUGAUAUUCUUGGUGACAAAAAAGGUUCUGAUCACAGUGAAGGCCAGGCAGGCAGCUCCAGUGAUAGUAGCGACAGUGAUAGUGACAGUGACAGCAGUGAUAGUGGCACUGACAGUGGAAGCCACAGUAGGAGCAGAAGUCCUGCUGGAUCAGGGAGCGGGAGUAGUAGUGAGAGUGAAAGUGAUGCAUCUUCUAGCAGCAAGGAGGGACUGGAGGGUUCAGAUGAGGAUGUAGAUAUUAUGACUAGUGAUGAUGAAAAAGAGUCAAAACAAAAAGCCGAAGUCUCUGAUCAAAGGAUGCCCUUACCCAUUCAAGGAAACUCUCCUGAUGGAAGAUCAAUGCAGAAUGAGGUUGAUGAGAAGCAAGAUGGUAAUGAAUCUGAUCCAAUUGAAAUUGAAAAGGACUUACCUGAGGAACCGGAAGCUGAAUUGGAUCUACCUCCAGCUACCAUUCCAAAUAGAGGUGGAAAAUAUGCAGAAGAGGCAAGACCAUUUUCAAUUGACUAUGAACAACUCCAGGAACGCCAAAAUUAUAUAGGGAGUUUGUUUGAUGAAAAAGAAAAUGAUGUUAAAGAUAACUCUAGGCAUGAACAGUCUGACAGCUCGGACAGGUUCUCUAAAGGUAAACAUAAGAGGGUUUCUGAUGUGAAGAAUGUAGAUGAGAAAUCUGCAAAGAGGUUGAAAGCAGAAAUGUCUCCCAGUAUUGAUGCGCAGACAUUAAAAAAUUCUCGGAACUUGUCUCCUUAUGAAUUUACUGAAGACAUUGGUAAGGGACCUAGUGUACAAGUGUUGAACAGAGCUGACAGACAAGCGAAUUUGAGUGUUGGCUUACAAAAGGGACCCAAUCGAGCAUUUCCUGGGAAAUCUAGUUCAGAUUUUCCACAAAAGUCCUCAGCUCAAACCCCUUUGGAAAACCCUUCCUACUCAUGGGAAAAAUCAGACAAACAAGGCGAAAGUGUAAGGCACAGCAAAAAACACUCAGCAAAUGACUUCCCUGCCCGUGAAGCUUCUUCCGUGCAGAAAGAUAAAUCUCAUAAAGAUGCAUCACAUGAAGAUAUUAAUGCCUCUGAGAAAAAGGUUUCAAGGAAUCCCAGGGAUGGUAGUAAUGGAAGCAAAGAGCCACUAUUUAUGGAUUCUUAUUACCAAGAACAAGGUGAAAUGGUUGGUAAAUCAAGGGAACGCCGUCAAAGUUCACAGUCCCACUUGGGAACAUCACCUAAGGAAAGCAACAGAAUGAUUCUUGAUCAAUCCCCUGUAACUAAUGGGCAAGGUGUAUCUCUUCAAAGAGAGCUUUCAGAUUUGGAGUUGGGUGAACUUCGUGAGUCCACUCCAGAUGAAACUCAUGUUGCAAAGCAAUUUGAACGAAAAGGUUCCUUUAAACAGUUGGAAAAGAAAGGAAACACGUCAGAGGAUAGGAAUUUGGAUAUCACUAGAGUAAAACCAUCAUUGAAGGCAAAUUCAGAUUCAGGAAAACAGUCCUCAGCCUUUGUAAAUUCGGGUUUUCCCAGUAAUUUGGACAGCACUUACAAAAAGAACUCAGAUAAUCAUUUUGAGGAUUCAACAAAAUCUCGUUCUAGAGUUAUGCAGACUCAUUCACAACAUUUGAAAGCUGAUAAUACAGAAGUUGGAUCUCAAAACAAAUUGGUAGAAACGAGUAGUAAAUAUAGAACUAAUGAAUCUGGAGUGAACCGAGAUACUGACUUGGAAGGUCGCAGUGAAAGCAAUAGAGGAAUACCUGCAAAUGCAUCUAAACAACAAGACGGUAAAGGGGGAAUAGUUUUCUACCCUGCAAAAGAAAGUAAAAGGCAAACAUCUAAUUCAGUGGAAGAGAUCGCUGACGGAGGAAAGGAUUCUGGGUUUGCUGAUAGGAAUCAUAGUGAUCAAAAGAAGAGAGAGUCAUCUUCAGAUGAAAAUAGUUGCUCUUAUUCAAAAUACGAAAAGGAUGAGCCUGAAUUAAAGGGUCCGAUAAGGAGUUUUUCUCAAUAUAAAGAAUAUGUCGAGGAAUUCCGUGACAAAUAUGAAAGUUACAAUUCCUUGCACAAGAUUUUGGAUAGUUACAGGGACGAGUUUCAGAAACUGGGUGAUGAUUUAGAACAUGCUAAAGCCAGGGAUACGGAUAGAUAUUAUGACCUUCUGGGACAGCUGAAGGAAUCCUUUCGACGUUGUGAACCGAGACACAAAAGGUUGAAGAAAAUAUUUGUUGUUCUUCAUUUGGAAUUGGAGAAUAUUAAACGAAGGAUCACGGACUUUGCAAACUCGUAUAAUAAAUGAUGAGAGUGCAAGAGUUCUAUAUUGAUGAAGGUUAAGAACUUUUGGGAGAUACACGAUGUGCAGUUUAGAUGAAUUUUUGUGUAGGUUGGGUAUGCUCUUUUUCAUACUAUUUAUUGGUAGAGCCAUCUAUCUGUGUAUAAAUGAAAUUUUGUCUUUUUUGGUAUUAUAGCUAUAGGUCUGCCAUAUUUUUU